CCCACCCCUCCCCUCUCCUCCCUUCCGUUUCCCGCGCGGCGGCACUUCCGGCGGGCGCGCGGGCAGCGCGGGACGGGCGGGCGCCAUGGCAACCGCGACCCCGAAGGUGCCGGAGGUUCGGGACGUGACGCGGAUCGAGCGCAUCGGAGCCCAUUCCCACAUCCGCGGCCUCGGCCUCGACGACGCUUUGGAGCCGCGGCAGGUCUCGCAGGGCAUGGUGGGGCAGCUGGCCGCCCGCCGCGCCGCCGGCGUCAUCCUGGAGAUGAUCAAGGAGGGGAAGAUCGCCGGGAGAGCCGUGCUCAUCGCCGGCCAGCCCGGCACCGGCAAGACCGCCAUCGCCAUGGGCAUGGCGCAGGCCUUGGGCGCCGACACCCCGUUCACGGCCAUUGCGGGCAGCGAGAUCUUCUCCCUGGAGAUGAGCCGCACCGAGGCGCUGACGCAGGCGUUCCGCCGCUCCAUCGGCGUGCGCAUCAAGGAGGAGACGGAGAUCAUUGAAGGGGAGGUGGUGGAGAUCCAGAUCGACCGGCCCGCCACCGGCACGCCCAUGUGGACCCCCCCAAAAUCCAUGGGGCGCCGCGCGCAGGGCACCAAGGUGGGGAAGCUGACGCUGAAGACGACGGAGAUGGAAACCAUUUACGACCUGGGCACCAAAAUGAUCGAGUCUCUCACCAAGGAGAAGGUGCAGGCGGGGGACGUGAUCACCAUCGACAAGGCGACGGGGAAGAUCUCCAAGCUGGGGCGCUCCUUCACCAGGGCGCGGGACUACGACGCCAUGGGCUCGCAGACGAAGUUCGUGCAGUGCCCGGACGGGGAGCUGCAGAAGCGGAAGGAGGUGCUGCACACCGUGUCCCUGCACGAGAUCGACGUCAUCAACAGCCGCACGCAGGGCUUCCUCGCGCUCUUCUCGGGUGACACAGGGGAGAUCAAGGCCGAGGUGCGGGAGCAGAUCAACGCCAAAGUGGCCGAAUGGCGCGAGGAGGGCAAAGCCGAAGUGAUCCCCGGGGUGCUGUUCAUCGACGAGGUUCACAUGUUGGACAUCGAGAGCUUCUCGUUCCUGAACCGCGCGCUGGAGAGCGACAUGGCGCCCGUGCUCAUCAUGGCCACCAACCGCGGCAUCACCCGGAUCAGAGGAACCAACUACCAGAGCCCCCACGGGCUCCCCAUCGACCUCCUGGACCGGCUGCUCAUCAUCUCCACCGCGCCCUAUAGCGACAAGGAGACCAAGCAGAUCCUCAAGAUAAGGUGGGGGGGGGCAAGCAGCCCCAUAGAUCCCUUGCUGUGA